AUGUAAACAGGAAGUUGCACGUGUUUACUGUAAAACCGUUUAAAAUGCAGACCACAGAACCUAACCCUUUAAUAGAAACAUUGAGGGACAUUUGUGAAAUUUUGUUUGAUUCGUCAUCAGAGGAUCCAAGUGCACCACUGCUUUGGUUGAAUAAUUUGGAUAAAGAACUGAAAUCAGAUGAUCCAUUGUGUACUAAGGGAGAUAACAAUGUUGAUAUGGUCAUACCCAAACUACUGGAUGUUCUCAGAGAAUGUUUGUCCUCCCAUAGAUGGUCUCAAGUGGUACCAGUCAUAAAACAGAUAUCUAAACAUGAACUUACAACAUUCUGGAAGACAAGUAUGGAAGCUAUGUAUGUAUCUGAGUCUUCAGUCCCAUUGGUGCAGCAACUUGUCAAGGAAUUGAAGACUGUACGUCAACUCAGUUGUCAGGAAGUUUUGUUGGAGUACCUCAUGUUUUUACUUCAUCAUGGUAAAAUUGAUGAUGCAAAACAGAUUUCACAGGAAAAAAUAAAACAGACAAGAUUCCAAAAGAAUGCUCGAGAUCAUCACACAGAGGUUUUAUACAAAUCGUAUCUAGGUUUGGUAUGGUAUGUGGAAUGGAAGUUUCUGAAGAUGAAAAUUAAAGAUUUGGAUGAAAAUAGUGACCUUGUAUCUAACUAUGAAGAAAUAAUGGCUGUUUAUGCACAGAAAGCUAUGAUUGGUUUCCAGCAAGUCUCAGGAGAGAUUGGAGUCUGGGAUAUAUUUGUUACUAAACAUGUAGAGAUUUUAGAACACUAUGACAAAAUAGAAGAAGCAAAAGAUAUCCUGACAGAUUACAGAGAUAGAAAUACAGAUAAUCUAAAUGCUCACAAAUAUUUCUACUAUUUCUGUGAAAGAAAUGGUUUCUAUCCUAACGAGGAGAUUCAAUUACUAAUGAAUAUUGCAGAAAAGUGUCCCUCAGAUUCUUUGGUUUUACAGUUAUGCAACAAAUUGGUUGAAGAUAAUAAAAUACCAGAAGCCUUGAAUUUCCUGUUUUAUUUGCUGGAUUACAAUUGUUGGCAGCAGGAAUUAAAACCUUGGAAACUACUGGUAGACUUGAUUGAUACAAGAAACAAAAGUUUAGAGGUGAUUCAUACUUUAGAAGAAAUUUGGAAGAUGAGGCAAUCGUGGUGGCCUCAGUAUCAUUUUACCAGCUAUGACUGUCCAGAAACAGGGGAGGAAUGUGAAUUAUGUUUAUGUAAAGCUAGAUAUGCAGUAUUUGUUUUAGGUCAAGAUUUUCAAAAUAUACAUAAAGACUUUGAACAUUUGAGUAAGACACAGAUACAAAUGUUAAUGUCCUCAGUGACUUGAUUAUAAAAGUAAGUCCUUCCUAAAUGGUGCCAAACAUAUGGAAUGAUGAAAUCUACCGAAGAGAUUUCAAAACAGAUACCUGUUCCCAAAACUGCAGGUAAAAGGACUGAACGAUGGACUCCCUUGAAAGACCAAAACAGAAAGAAGUUGUUUUGUGAACAACAAAGUUCUAAUACACCUUAUGGCUAUUACCCCACUCGACCUUU